GAUCUUUUUUGCGGUCUAGGCGCAACGUUAGCGUUCCGUUAUUACACUUAUUUAUCAUUAUUAUUAUAUAUAUAUAUAUUUUAUUGUUUGUUUGUACGAGCCCUCAUGGCGACGGUGGAGGAACUGAAACUCCGCGUGAGGGAGUUGGAGAACGAAUUGAUCAAGUGCAAGCAGAAGCAGUGCGCCGCCGAGCAGAUGCACCGACCCAAAAUUGACAAGAUGAGCGCCGAAGUUGUCGAUUCCAACCCUUACAGUCGUCUGAUGGCUCUGAAGAGAAUGGGCAUCGUGGAUAAUUAUGAGAGCAUCCGGACGUUCGCGGUAGCCGUGGUGGGCGUCGGGGGAGUGGGCAGCGUGACAGCCGAAAUGCUCACGAGGUGUGGCAUCGGUAAGCUGCUGCUGUUCGACUACGACAAAGUGGAGCUGGCCAACAUGAACCGACUCUUCUUCCAGCCUCACCAGGCCGGCCUCAGCAAGGUGGAGGCUGCGGAACACACGCUCAGAAACAUCAAUCCGGACGUGUCGUUCGAGACUCACAACUACAACAUCACCACCCUGGACAACUUCAACCACUUCAUGGAGCGUCUCAGUCUUGGAGGCCUGGAGGACGGCAAGUCAGUGGAUUUGGUCCUGAGCUGCGUGGACAACUUUGAGGCCCGCAUGGCCAUCAAUAGAGCUUGUAAUGAGCUGGGACAGACCUGGAUGGAGUCUGGAGUCAGCGAGAAUGCCGUGUCGGGACACAUACAGCUCAUCAACCCAGGAGAGACCGCAUGCUUCGCUUGUGCUCCUCCCCUGGUGGUGGCGGCCAACAUCGACGAGAAAACCCUCAAGAAGGAGGGCGUGUGCGCCGCCAGCUUGCCCACGACGAUGGGCGUCGUCGCUGGCAUCCUGGUCCAAAAUGUCCUCAAGUAUUUGUUGAAAUUCGGCCGAGUCAGUUAUUACCUGGGCUACAACGCCAUGCAGGACUUCUUUCCCAGCAUGGCCAUGAAGCCCAACCCGCAGUGCAACGAUCGCCACUGCAGGAGACAGCAGGAAGUGUACAAGAAACGGGAAGCGGAUCGGCCCAAGGUGGAGGCGGUUCAGGAAGAGGAGGAGGUGGUGCACGAGGACAACGAAUGGGGGAUUGAGUUGGUGUCAGAGGAGGCCAAUGAGGAGACGCAGGCCGCGGCGGCCCAAAUUCCCGACCUCCCUGAAGGCAUCUCCGUGGCGUACACCCUCCCGGCGGCGAACAAGGGUGACGGGGAGACGGUAGAAGAGACGGAGCAGAGCCUGGAGGACCUGAUGGCUCAGAUGAGAAAGUUGUAGGCUGCACGGCGGGCAAAUUAAAAGCAAAGCCUGGAAUUAUCAUGGCAAACAUUCAAUGACAUUCCAUAACUGACCAUCAAUAAAGACGAAAAAGAAGGUGAAUGCAUGAAAAAAAAAAAAGGUCACAAUGCUUCAAUAA